AUGGCUGCUUUCACCCUUCAAUCCACCUACAAACUGAACUCGGGACACAAGAUCCCUGUCCUGGGAUUUGGUGUGUAUCAAACACCUCCCGAAAAAACUGAAAAAGCGGUGUUGAAAGCUUUGGAAUUGGGGUAUAGACAUAUCGACUCCGCGCAGGCCUAUCGCAAUGAAGCCGAGUGCGGACAGGCCAUCCGGAACUGUGGCCUUAAACGUUCAGAUAUUUUCUUUACCACAAAAGUGCCACGGAGUGCCAUGGGUUACCGGGAAGCCAAGAACGCGAUCGAUUCGAGUCUAAAGGCAGCCAAUAUUGAUUAUAUUGAUCUAAUCCUCAUCCACGCCCCAUAUGGCGGACGGGAAAAACGCGAAGGAACAUGGCGUGCUCUCGUAGAAGCCCAAAAAGAAGGGAAAAUUCGCUCUAUUGGAGUCUCCAACUACGGUGUCCAUCACUUGAACGAGCUAGAGGAGUAUAGCAAAGUUGUUGGUGGGAAGAUUGACGUCGGUCAAUAUGAGUUGCACCCCUGGCUCUCCCGCGAGGACAUUGUCGACUGGCUUAAAAAGCGCAACAUUGUGAUUGAGGCUUAUAGUCCCCUGGUGCAAGCAACCAAGAUGGAUGAUCCCUUGCUCAUGAAUUUAGCCCGGAAACAUAACAAGACACCUGCGCAGAUUCUCCUUCGUUGGAGCUUGCAGAAGGGUUUUGUUCCCCUUCCUAAAUCCGUGACCGAUAGCCGUAUCACGGAGAAUACAGGAGUUUUCGACUUCGAACUCUCCGCUGAGGAUAUGGGUGCUUUGGACACAGGCAAAUAUGAACCAGUCUGCUGGGAUCCCACAGUAUCCAAUGACUAG